CGGAAAUAGCGUGAAGGUUGCAGGGUUUGCGCUAUCAUGGGUGUAAAAAUAGAGGUGUUUAGGAUGAUGCUGUAUUUGUCCUUUCCCGUAACAAUGUUCUGGAUCUCAAAUCAAGCUGAAUACUUUGAAGAAUAUAUCGUAAAGCGAAAGAGGGAGAUCUUCCCCCCUGAUGAGCAUAUACAUCGGAAGGAGUUGGAGGAUUUCAAAGAGAAGAUGCGGCUUCGUAAGGAGCAGCGACGACUAAAGGAGAUGGGUGCACAGUCUGAGGAUUCAGGAGUAAAGGAAGGCUGGCAUCCCUAAAGCAACACAUUGAAAAAAGCGUUUGGUUACAAACACCAUUUGUGCUGCGAGAGGGCAGAGGUUGCAUUGGACAGGAGCUAGAACGUCACUCUUUGGAAAUCACUUGAGCCGCUUCUGCACUCAGGGUGUGCUGUGAGCGUUCCACAUGUUAAUGUGUGCCAGUUGGAGCUUCAUUCGUGAGCUGCCAUCACAUGAGACUUUUCAAAUAUUUAAAGUCGGUACUGCCUUUGUGAAAAAGUCAACAGAUGAUUAAAUGCCUUUUCGCUUUUAAAACAUGGAUCAGGCAUAAUUGUAAUUAUUUAUCUUUAUUUUGUAUGUGUACUUUUCUGAUGUAGCAUGAUAGUUUACAACUAUCACUUACACUGAAGUCUGUUUGUUUUGCCUAAAAGAAUGUACUGUAACAUGCCUUCAUUUGCCCAUGGAAAAAACGGAUGAAAAAAGCAUUGGAUUAGAUUUUAAAAGAAAGGGUAUGAUGUCUCAAAGCAGAUGUACCCUUGCCAUCAAUACUUCCGUGUAGCACUACAUGUAUGGCAAGGUCCAUACCCUAUAUGAUAAACUUAUCUGGAGAUGAUGGAGGCAUGCAGGUUUUGCUUGGGAAAUACCUUUGCAAAGACAGAGGAGGUAUAUCCCCGGAUACAGGGGAUAUAAGGGCGGGGAUACCGGCAGUCAUUUAGAUGAGUGACGAAAUGUUUCUCUCCAGAUAAACUGAUUCAACUUUCUGUGACUCUGCACAUACAGCUUCUCCAUCACUCUCUUCUUCAAUGAAUAAGACAAUAUUCCACUAACCAAUAAAUGGAUUUUCUUUU